CCUUCCUUCUCCAAAACAUCGAAAGUCUCCAUUAGGAUUCCUAUCGCCGCCUUUUCAAGCUUUGUUUUUUUUGUGCUCAAGUCUCCAUAUAUACUCAAGCAUACGCAAACAGAUCAAAAGGGUGGUGGUGGUUUAGGUUAGUGGAUGGCUGCAAUGGAGGCUAUCGACGGACCGACCAAUCCUAUGGUCACACCUCUCCUCUCUGAUCUCUAUCAGUUCACUAUGGCCUACGCUUACUGGAAAGCAGGCAAACAUGCCGAAAGAGCCGUCUUUGAUUUAUAUUUCCGGAAGAAUCCUUUCGGCGGUGAAUAUACAAUUUUUGCUGGACUUGAAGAGUGCAUUAGGUUUAUUGCUAAUUUUAGAUUUGCAGAAGAGGAGAUUGACUUUGUUCGUGGGUUGUUGCCAAAGACAUGUGAGGACGCAUUCUAUGAUUAUCUUAGGGGAAUUGAUUGUUCAGAUGUUGAAGUAUACGCUAUUCCGGAGGGUUCAGUUGUUUUUCCAAAGGUACCACUCAUGAUAGUUGCCGGGCCAAUUGCUGUUGUUCAACUACUGGAAACUCCAUUUCUGAAUCUGGUGAAUUAUGCAUCACUGAUCACAACUAAUGCUGCAAGGCAUCGUUUUGUUGCUGGAAAAUCCAAACUUCUGUUUGAGUUUGGACUUCGACGGGCACAGGGACCUGAUGGUGCGAUCAGUGCAUCAAAGUAUAGUUACAUGGGAGGAUUUGAUGGAACCAGCAAUGUCGAAGCUGGAAGGUUGUUUGGAAUACCUACUCGUGGAACCCAUUCCCAUGCUUUUGUCAGCUCGUUCAUGAGUCUUGAUGAGAUAAUAGAUCCAUCAUUGCAAUGUUCUGAUGGUUCAAGCGUCUGUAAGAAUUUUCUGGCUCUUGUGCAGACAUGGUUAAACAAAAUAAAGCGGUCACAGUCAUUAGGUGGCAGUUUAGGUGACACGAAUCAAAGCGAGUUGGCAGCUUUUACUUCCUAUGCUCUGGCGUUUCCUAACAAUUUUCUGGCUCUUGUGGAUACAUAUGAUGUUGUGAGAAGUGGUAUUCCCAACUUUUGUGCUGUUGCUCUAGCAUUGGGUGAAUUGGGUUAUAAAGCUAUAGGCAUUAGAUUAGACUCUGGUGACCUGGCUUAUUUGUCAUUUGAGGUCCGCAAGUUCUUUCAAGCUAUUGAGAAAGAAUUCAAAGUGGAAGAUUUUGGAAAGAUGAAUAUCACUGCAAGUAAUGACCUUAAUGAGGAAACUUUAGAUGCCUUAAACAAGCAGGGUCAUGAAGUUGAUGGAUUUGGAAUUGGAACUUACCUGGUAACUUGUUAUGCUCAAGCUGCUUUAGGCUGUGUUUUCAAGCUGGUGGAGAUAAAUAAUCAGCCUCGCAUUAAGCUUUCUGAAGAUGUUACAAAGGUCUCUAUUCCAUGUAAAAAGAGGUGUUAUCGAUUAUAUGGAAAAGAAGGCUAUCCCCUUGUUGAUAUAAUUACAGGGGAGAAUGAACCACCUCCAAAGGUAGGCCAGAGAAUUCUAUGUCGCCACCCCUUUAAUGAAUCCAAGAGGGCGCAUGUAGUGCCACAGCAGGUUGAGGAGCUUCUUAAAUGUUAUUGGCCUGGCAGCCCCGAUAAACAGCGGGAAAAAUUACCACCCCUUAAGGACAUUAGAAGUCGUUGUAUCAAACAAUUGGAGAUAAUGCGGACAGAUCACAUGCGAAGAUUGAAUCCAACACCUUAUAAGGUUAGUGUAAGUGGAAAGUUGUACGAUUUUAUUCACUACCUAUGGCUUAACGAGGCACCCGUUGGAGAAUUGCAAUGAUCUUGGUUUUAAAUGGGUAUAGUUGGGUGGGCGGUUGGGCUGCUCACUCUAGUCCCAACAACUAUUUUAGAUGCUUAUGAAUUAUUGUUACUUUUUAAUACAGAAAUAUAUUACAAUUUACAUUUGACAUAAUUGUAUUUAUUUAUAAAUAUAUUCUAAACUUUGAUAAUGAAAAUGACCGAAUUCGUUAUUUAAUUUU